CGAAACGCCCCACUUGAUGUUGAAAAAAGUCAUGUUGUGAUCUUUAAGUGAAACUGACCAGUUCAGUUUCUUUUUCUUGUUGUAUUAGACUGGGUAGCUGUGGUGCAAUGGUAUACCCCCUGUAAGUGGCUGGCUGUGUGGCGCUCUCUCUCUCUCUCUCUCUCUCUCUCUCUCUCUCUCUCUCUCUUUCUCUCUCUCUCUCUGGUUCUCUCGGUGCUUGCGGACGCGCUUCCCACUUUCUCCUGCUGUCUGCUGCGAGGAGCGCGGAUUCAUUUGGCAUUUGUCAAUUGACAAAAGGAUGAAAGCCAGUUUUUGCCUCGGUUUGGCCACAUGUUCCUUCCUCCUGUUUCUUCUGUCAGGAGGCACAUGUUCAGAUGCAGAGCACAGGCUCUUCUCUGUGAUAUUCUCCAACUACAACCAGUACAUACGACCGGUGGAAAAUGUGUCUGAUCCAGUCAUUGUUCAGUUCGAGGUGUCCAUGUCACAGUUGGUCAAAGUGGAUGAAGUCAAUCAGAUCAUGGAGACCAAUCUGUGGCUGAGACAUGUCUGGAACGACUACAAACUGAGAUGGAACCCAAAAGAUUUUGGAGGCGUUGAGUUUAUCCGAGUGCCGUCCAACAGGAUAUGGAAGCCAGACAUUGUUCUGUACAACAAUGCAGUUGGAGAUUUCCAGGUUGAUGACAAAACAAAGGCCCUGCUUCGUUAUAAUGGUGACGUUACCUGGAUCCCUCCGGCCAUAUUCAAGAGCUCCUGCAAGAUUGACGUCACUUACUUCCCCUUCGACUACCAAAAUUGCACCAUGAAGUUCGGCUCCUGGACGUACGACAAGGCAAAGAUUGAUCUGGUGCUGAUUGGUUCCACAAUCAACCUGAAGGACUUCUGGGAGAGCGGCGAGUGGGUGAUAAUUGAUGCCCCUGGUUACAAACAUGACAUUAAGUACAACUGCUGCGAGGAAAUCUACACAGAUAUCACUUACUCUUUGUACAUCCGCCGUCUGCCUCUUUUCUACACUGUCAAUAUGAUCAUCCCCUGCCUGCUCAUCUCCUUCCUCACCGUGCUCGUCUUCUACCUGCCGUCUGAUUGUGGUGAGAAGGUCACUCUGUGUAUCUCUGUCCUGCUCUCUUUAACUGUCUUCCUGCUGGUUAUAACCGAGACAAUCCCCUCCACUUCACUAGUCAUUCCCCUGAUUGGUGAGUACCUCCUCUUCACCAUGAUCUUUGUCACCCUCUCUAUUGUCAUCACCGUUUUUGUGUUGAACGUCCACUACCGCACACCAAAGACACACACCAUGCCCUGCUGGGUGCGGAGUGUCUUCCUGGGACUGCUGCCCCGUGUGAUGUUCAUGACCAGGCCAGAGAGGGACCCUGAGAACGUGGCUGGUAAUGUGCACACGAUUCAUUCGAGACCAUGUGCCAUUCAUUCAUCAGGCACUUUUCAGAGGCAGCACAAACCUCAGUCCCUGGCCUCCAGCGUGGUAACCAGCCUGACGAAUCGCCAGCGUCUUUUCAACAACACUGAACUCUCCAACCUCAAUAACUUGAGUGUAGACCCAGGCAAAGGAGGAGGUACUGGGCUCUUGUGCUGCGAAGGCCGCUGCAACUGCUGCUGGCACCAGAGGUCCAGCAAACUGCCUGCAGACUCUGGGGGAGGGAGCGGAGGACUGGGUUGCGUCGGGGCGCUGACUGGAGGCAGUGCUGCUGGGGUGGGAGGAGGGAGUCAGUGCUCCAGCUCCGAGUCUCUGGAUGGAGGAAUAAUGUCCCUGCUGCCGCUCUCCCCUGAGGUCAGGGAGGCUAUUGAGAGUGUCAAAUACAUAGCAGAGAACAUGAGACUACAGAAUGAAGCAAAAGAGGUUCAGGAUGACUGGAAGUACGUUGCCAUGGUAAUCGACAGGAUCUUCCUAUGGGUUUUUGUCCUCGUGUGUAUCCUGGGAACAGCUGGCCUCUUCCUCCAGCCUCUUUUACUCGGGGAAGACAUUUGAAUCCGUUUGAUAAAACUUAAUACUCCAGACUGUUGAGCUCCACAGCAUUUGUUUCAUAUAAGAUUCUGCCUAUGGCUCAGAGAGGGAAAAUACAGAGUGGAUCCAGAAUGAAGAAGAAAAGAUCACUGUGUCUGCCAAAAGCUGAUGUAAAAGGGUUCAGUUUCUGUUUAUUUUUCAUAGACAGAUUUUUUUUUUUUGUUUGACAAAAAAGGACUGUCAAAUUCUGAGGACCUGGGUAACAAACAAAGGCAACCAUAGUGACGAUCAAACCAUUUCAUUGUGUAAAAAUAAAAAAAAGUAAAUGGCAAAUCGAUAUGUAUUGCAACACCCAAAAACUUGGAUUGCCCUAAACAAAGACACUAGCUUACUAUUGAUGUAAAUAAUAUCUGCACAGUAAAUAAUUGGUACAGUGUAAUGUUAAUGUAACAUCAACAUAUAUUCCCGAACACACUCAUUAUGCUCCCAGAGAGCUCAGUAUCUAAUUGUCAUGUUUCCAUGACAGGGAAAUGUUCUUCUUUAGAAACUGCCUUCUUUAGGGUCUUUGGACUUUAGAGUCGUAUAGAACAUAUCAACUGACAUACCCAAAAUAAAAAUGUGUUUACAGAGAUAACAAACUGCUAAACAUUUAACAUGAAUUUCCAUGUUUGUGGGAAUCAAGCAAGGACGUUGACUGUGUUCAAACAGUGACAUCUGGUGGUAACUUUUUGAAACUACAAUUAGAAACUACAAAAAGUUUCUGGCUGUUUUAAAGGGAUAUAUUACCUUUUUUGUCAUAACAGCUAUCAUGAAAAAAUGCAUUCCCAGUUGUAAAAUUACGUGAAAAGUUAUACUGCCUAAAAAAAUGCAAGAGAGAGUGUGGUGAAUCAUCUAGAAUUAAGUCAAUUAUGAAUAUAUUUACGUAUGCCCCUGAAACUAUUUGAUGUGUAAAGAGACAUUUUAAAAAGUAAAUGUAAAUAAUUUAGGCCUGUUUUAUCCACAUAUUUCUGUAAAUAAAUGGAAAAUAGUUAAAGAUAGAUGAUAGAUAAAUAUGAGAUGGUGGUUUCUUUGAGAUACUAAAUAUUUCCGAGACUGGAAACAAAAGCUCAUAUCAAAGAGACCACCAAGGCUCUGUUCAUUACUCUGUUUCACAUUCUCCAAGCCCCCUUGGAGCUAACUCAGCUUAUUGGAUCACAAUCAAUACAGAAAGCAAGUGAUGAAGGAGCUUAUUGGCUUCCUGGCCAAAAUAUAUGAUGCCAUUGAAAAACACUGAAUUCCUGCACUUCUGACGCUUGACAUAAACUUUGUGCCUGACUGUACUGAAAGAGUCUAAGCACCCUGCACGGGGUCUGCUCGUCAGUAUGUCACUGUGCGAUUCUUAUUAUACGACUAAAAAUCAGAGCAGAUGGUUAGCUAUGUGAUUACAAGGAAAUGCAGCCCAUAUUAAUUGAAUGCUGGCAGGGAGGCACAGACAGAUACUGUAGUAGCUCUCUGUCACAUCUGAUAAGAAACCCCUGGCUAAUGAAUUUAAUUAAAGCUCACUCAGAACUUGUGGCUGAUCUGCAGGGGAUCUCCCAAACAGAUAACUAUAAUAAGUGUGAAAUAAAAGAGCUUAUAAAAGCAUCCAUGAAUAUUUUCUGAAGGUAACAUCCUGCAAAAACUACGGACUAAAAAGAUGAGAAAAGGGAACAAAAUUUUAGAUAUCACAAGCCACCACAGACUGCACAGGAAGUGGUUAAUUAUAUAUUUUUCUUUCAUCUUUCUGUAGGUGAAGAUAAGAACCUGGAGUGGUGCCUGUGCAGGGUUUCACAAAAUAUGUCGUGGAGGCUUUCUAUGUGUGUCACAUUACCUAUCCUCAUGAGCACAUCACCAUUCUUCUGUGUGAGAAUUGACAAAAAUUCACAUUUAACCACUUAAUUGUUUGUAUUUAUAAUUGAGUGAACUUUUGCACGCAAAUGAAAGGGAACAGGAUUUCUUUUUCUUUUUUUUCUUUUUUUUCUUCAAGGUGCCCUUGCAAAGCAGGUUGUAAGCCAAACUAAGGGUGAGCUUUAAUUGAUGAGAAGAUGCUUGUUUUUCCUUGUAUCAUUUAUCAGUCCAAUGUUUGUCUUUGUUUCAAUAAAUGAAUUUUGCAGA